CCACUUUGUUUUUAAUCACAUCUACCCACCAAGCCUUCAGCGCAGUAAGUUACCGUAAAUGUCUAAAUCUUAGGGGAAGCUGUGGCGUAGCGUUAUAGCUACGUUUUCAUGUGACAAACCGGCGCCGGUUAAAUACGUGUUAAAAUGUUGGGUGACGGUUCAUCAGCGAACAGCAGCGGAGAGCUCGCUGGUGGAGAUGAGGAGAGGGAGCUGCCUUUGUCUGAAACACAGGAGCAGAGUUUGACACCGGCACCGGAGCUCAACUCGACCCCCUCCUCCAGGUUUCUGCAGGUUGAGCUGGAGCUGAAUGUCCACCUCCGGCGGCUGUCCUUCAGUGAGCCGGUCCAGUACAUCUACAACCCGCUGGAGUACGCCUGGGACACGCACCGCUGCUACGUGCAGAGGUACUGCCGGGGCGGACAGAGGGUCCUGUUUUUAGGGAUGAAUCCAGGACCUUUCGGCAUGGCUCAGACUGGGGUCCCCUUCGGUGAAAUCAGGUCAGUCGUUGACUGGCUGAGGAUCACAGGAGAGGUUGGUCACCCUGAGAACGAGCAUCCAAAGCGGCGGAUCACAGGACUCGCCUGCACUCAGAGCGAAGUGAGCGGCGCACGUUUUUGGGGCUUCUUCAAGAAGUUGUGUGGUGAACCGGAGCUGUUCUUCCAGCACUGCUUUGUGCACAAUCUGUGCCCGCUCAUUUUCAUCGCUGCCAGUGGGAAGAAUUUAACCCCUCCUGAGCUGCCGAAAGAUGAACGGGAGGCCCUCCUGGCCCUGUGUGACAUUGCGCUGUGCCAAGCGGUGGAGGCGCUGGGCAUCUCCAUGGUGAUUGGGGUUGGGAAGGUGGCAGAGCAGCGGGCGCGGAAAGCUCUGUCUGCAGCGGGUGUCAACGUGAAAGUCGAGGGCAUCAUGCAUCCGUCACCCAGGAACCCACUAGCCAAUAAGGGCUGGGAGGAAGUAGCCGAAGCCAGACUGAAAGAACUUGGUGUGUUGUCACUGCUGAAAAACGCGUGAACUUUCCUGCUCCGAAACAUGUUUUUCAACAGCAACACUGAUCGAUGGCUCAAUGUGCUGCUGAAGCACAGGCUCACAUUUCUCCUCCUGGCCCAGUGUGUGUUUGAGAGAGAGCUCGUCAUACACUACUGCCUUCCACAUCUGCAUCGCUCCAACUGUAAACACAUCCAGAAACCACUUUUCCUCCCCUGUAAAGAUCUGUCUGUUCAUGUCGAGAUGCCUUUUCUUCACAGAUCAGUGCAUGCAGAGCACAGCACUCUGUGCACAAUUCAUUACAUAACACUAAUCACAUGUGAGGUGCUCUGAAUAUAUUUGAAGUUUCUAUCCAAAGCGUAUCUCAGCUUGUUCAGUUCCUUUCAGCUUAUUGCAUUCAUUCAACUUCUUAACACUAUAGUUUUAGCUAAUGUGUUAGCUAAUUAUGAUGUGUAUUAGGACAUACACUGACCACUAAACAUGGCAAUAAAAACGGAAUCAAAUGAA